AUGCAGCUGGCGAUCCUCAUUCGCCUGCCGGCCCACUCGCACGCACCCGCAGCUGCAGUGUGCUCAGCGUUCAAGGCGCUGAUGAGCAACUCAGAGUUCAAGAUCCAGCGCCGUGCCGCGGGGUACGAAGAGCAGUACCUCGUCGCCGCCGCCGGCUACGGUGGCAACUGCUGUGCGGACGCUGGCUGCGCCGUGCGUACGGCGUCAGGCUGGGCUCGGCUGCCAGACCUGCCUCCGCACAUGCCCGAAAGGCCAGACCUUCCGGGCGUGAGCGAGAGCGCAGCCGUCGUCGUCGGCGACAGCUUCUACCUCCUUGGCGGCGAGGGCUCGGGCGAGCCGGGAACCGGCACGGACAGCGUUUUCUCCAUCCAACCGCACCGGCGCGGCUGCGAUCUCUCCUGGCACUAUGAGCCAAAGAUGCCGGCGUCGCUUUGCUACCACGUGGCUGGCGCGCACGAUGGCAUCAUCGUCGUGACGGGCGGUCGCUGCGACGAUGACGCACAAGGAUGGUACGGCGAGACGGGCACCUCGAGCGCGUCGACGUUCCGGUUCAACGUGGAGAGCGGGACGUGGACGGAGGGCGCACGGAUGCCAGCGCCGCGUCAGGGUGCGGUGGGCGCCGUCAUCGACGGCGUGCUGCACGUGCUCGGUGGCUUCGCGGAAGAUUGGGAAGGAGGCGACGAGGACGGACGAGUCUAUGACGGGGCCAUCGUCUACUCCUAUGACGUUGCUGCCAACACGUGGAAGGAGCGAGCGCCGUCCGGCCGACACGUUGUGCAGUGGAGCACGUACCACGAUGUGAUUUCGGCGGUGGCGAAGGGUGGCAAGAUGUACUUGCUCUCCAAGGAGACCGCGUUUACAGCCAAUUCAUACAGCACGACCAUCCACCUCUACAUCUUCGAUCCGGCGACCUUCACCUUCACGCGCGGCCCUGACCUUCCAUCGAAUCGCAGCACUGGCUAUGGCGGUGUCCGUCUCGGCGUGUUCAAUGGCGAGGUGACUGCCGUUGGCUUGUUCCGCGAUCAAGGCUGCUACGUCCUGGACGAGUGCCGCGAGCACUGGAACGCGGUGACCCCCGCCGAGGGCGCCACGCACUUCGUCUGCCCCAUGACGUCAGUGGCGACAGUCUACAAGUGA